UGCGCCGCCGGGCGAUGUACCGCCGACGGACCCGCACUAUGUCUUCCCGAUGUCAGCUAGCUCGCAAACGAGUCCGUCCGUACAAAUUGGCCCGCCAGCGAUCGCGCGCUCCAAGCGCUCCGCCAGCGUCGAGGUCGUCGUGACCCCCGUGGUGAAACCAGGCGCCCAUCGCCAUCCCCUGCUCUUUCCCCGCACGCCUCACAGAAACCGCGUCACAAACACUAUCAGACACCUCGACGGCCAAUCCCUCGGACCCAGCCACUACACCAACCACGCGUACCCCCUCCGGGACCCACCAGCCAGCCAGAUGCCCGACGCGCGGCCCGACACGGCCGCAAUGCUGGAGCAUAUCGAGUCGCUCGUGCGGGAGCACGUCGGGCCCGGGGGCGGUCAGACGCGCGCGUGCGCCGCACCGCAGGUCCAACAUUCUGAGGAGAGGAUCCGGGGUGGCGGGGUCGAGCCCUGUUGGCACCAUCCGAAGCUCGCUGAGCACUCGCCGCAGUCGAGGCCGGUGCCCCUGACAUUGCCCAGGAACGUGAACAAGGAGGUUCAUCAGGAUCCGCAUCAUGAUCCACGCAUCUCUCCGGAACCCGUAGUUGAAGACACGACCGACGAGGACGAACCGCCACUCAGUGUACUCACCACGGACGAAGAGAAGUCGCGCGUUUGCGUCAACGCGAAGACCAAGCAUCAGGACACUGAGAAGGCAGGGUCGACGCCACUUCGUAUCCGGAUCCCGUCCUUCCGAAAGUCUAGCCCGCCUUGUAUCGAUAUCCCACCGCCUGCGAGCACCCCCGACCUCUCCGACCUUACCCCGAUCGAAGACUCAACCGACGAAGGCGAAUCCGAAGUUGGCGAGCCGGAGGAUGAAAUGAAGAAAGGCCCAAGGUACCUCAAGAUCAAGCUCAAGAUCCCGGAUUCGCUGAAGGACUCUGCUGGUCGCCUGAAGAGACUGCGGACUUCGCGGACGGAAGAGAAGUCCCCGUCGACGUGCAACAUCCGCAGGUGCCAGAACUUGCUCUCGCCGGGCUACCGGUUCAAGCUCUGCGAUAUCUGCCGGGAGUACAACCGCAUGCUUCAGCGGAAGAUGAGGGCAGAGAAGGAUGCCGAACAUCCGUAUGGGAGGUCGAAGAAACACUUGGUGGACCUCAGCAUCUAUCCCCCGGGCUCCCGUGUAUGCAUUGGCAAAUGGUGUCGGACAGUCCUUCCGUGUGAGCUUGAGUAUAAGUGGAAGAUGUGCCCCGUUUGUCGCCUGGCAUUCAGGAGGCGAGACAACUAUGCCGCGAUCUUCGAGCACCCCGCGUUGCUGAAUGGCAAGAAACGUGCGCGCGAAGGCGAUGAUCUGGACUCCUUGGAGCUGCAGUAUCCUGACGAAGACCAAGAUCAAGACUUUCCAUACGUCGACAGAUCGCCCAACGCGUAUCAACACUUCGGUGAACUCCUGCAGAACCUGGAGAAGAGAUUCCAUAGCUUCUUUGCUGCUCAAUUGCAGUACAUCCAGUUCAAAGUUACGCAGGGCAUAGACAUGACCACCGCCACCCCAACGGUGUUCAGUUUCGCUGGAGAAUACUCAAUUGUCGCAGACCCCGCUGGAGGUACGGUCAACGAAACCAUGAAAGUGGUGGCUGGCCAGGUUCAGGACGCCCUCGGGUUUCGUUUCAGCCCAGCCGGUGUCUUCGUGGGCCCUGAGGCAUCCGUCGUGAGCCGAUUCGCCUGCACGCACGAUAUCAAGACGCCUCUGCCACCACCCAAGUCGUCUGAGCCCCUCGACCAUGGCAGCCCGGUCCAACUGCUCAUAAGGAGGAUGGCCGGCGAGCUGGAGGUCAAUGUCGCCUGGGAUCGACGCCACAAGUACUUCCCGGGCCAGCGGAUACAGAUCCGCUUUAGACUGCUCAGUUGAACAUCAACUGUAACGAACCAUGGCUUCGAGCUACUCCCACACGAUCAUCACGAUAUAUAGUAUGUUCCGGCGCAAGGCCUGUCUGAUUUAUUGUAUGUAGCGUUGUUCUUGCUUUCGCACUACAUCUUUGUUCCGUUGCAGCAGUCGCUCUCGUAUAAUCUUGUGUGGUAGCAUAGCUUCGUUAUAGUCAUCUGUCAAACCCGUAGCAUAUAUUGUGCCCAAUACG